AUGAAGUCGUCUUGCGAGUCCAUCUCCGCCAACAUUUCUGCCAUCCACGAUGCCAUCCUUCACUCCCUCUCCUCCCCUGACACUGCCCCACGUGCCUCCUCCUUUGUCCCCGCUCGGGCUCCUGCCUAUGGAAUGGCCUGCAGGGUCAAGUACCUUGUCGACACCCCGGAAAACAUUUGGGGCUGCCUUGAUGAAUCCAUGUUCCUUGAGUCCUCUGCCCGCUACAUCCGGGCAAAGCUCGUGCACUCCAACCUGCUAGCCUCCAAGGACAGCAAGAACGUGCUCUCUAGUUUCCCUCUUCUUCAGCACCAAUGGCAGAUAGUCGAGGGUUUCAAGGCCCAGAUCUCGCAGAGGAGUCGAGAACGGCUUUUGGACCAGACAAUUGGUCACGGGAUAAACGCUUAUGCGGAUGCCUUGGCUGCUGUAGCCAUCACGGACGAGCUCGAACCGAAGCAGGUCUUGACUAUGUUCAUAGAGUCGAGAAAAUCGAUCAUUUGGCAGAAGCUUAGCGCGUGUGGCCGUGAUGAUGGUGCUGGCAGUUCUGGAGUGAUCUCCACCUUGUGUGAUAUCCUGAAGAUAAUUCAGAUCACGGUGUGUCAGGUGGGCGAAUUGUUCCUGCAGGUACUGAAUGAUAUGCCUUUGUUCUAUAAGACCAUUCUGGACACUCCUCCGGCUUUCCAGUUAUUCGGAGGAGUACCUAACCCGGAUGACGAGGUGAAGCUGUGGAAUUUGUUUAAGGACAAGUUGGAGUCUGACAUGGUGUUGCUGGGCAGGGAUUUUAUUUCAGGGACUUGUUCCGACUGGCUUAGGAACUGCGGCAAGGAGAUUACUAGCAAGAUCGGUGGUAGGCACUUGAUAGAUGUGGUCACGAGUGGCUCCGAGCUUUCUCUGGCCGAGAAGUUGAUAAGGGAGACCAUGGACAGCAAACAGGUCUUGGAAGGUAGCUUGGAGUGGCUGAAGAGUGUUUUCGGUUCAGAGAUUGAGCUGCCGUGGAAAAGGACUCGCGAGCUUGUGCUGGGUGAGGACUCUGAUAUAUGGGACGAUAUCUUUGAGGAUGCUUUUGCUCAGAGGAUGAAAGGGAUUAUAGAUGCGCAAUUUGACAAGUUGCGGAGAGUUGUUGAUGUGGCGGAUUCAGUCCAAUCAAUAGCAAACCCUCUAGCGGAUCUUGCUGGUUCUGAAGAUUACCUGAAUAGAUUUCAAAGUAGUGGUGGGGUUUGGUUCGUGAAUCCCAAUGGGAAGAAGUUAGGUUCUAUUCCUGGAACGAAAUUGCACCAGCCUCAAGAAAAUGAUUUUGCAAGCUGUCUCAGCACUUAUUUUGGCCCUGAAGUGAGCCGGAUAAAAGAUGCCGUGGAUACUUGUUGUCAUAAUGUUCUCAAGGAUCUCCUCAGUUUCAUGGAAUCACCAAACGCGCCACGUAGGCUGAGGGAUUUGGCGCCGUAUGUACAAAACAAGUGUAGUGAAAGUCUGUCGGCCAUCUUAAAACAGCUCAAGGAUGAACUCGACAGCCUAUACAGUGAUCUAGAAAAUGAGAAUAAAGAUGAGAAGUCUUCACUUUCUUCUGCUAUACUCAUUGAGCGGUCAUUAUUUGUUGGGAGACUUCUCUUUGCAUUUCAGAAGCACGCUAGACAUAUACCCAUAAUACUUGGUUCUCCGAGGUCAUGGGUGAGUGAAGUUUCAGCUGCUACUUCAUCCCUGAUUGGCUUGAAGAAUGAAAGGGUGGCCAGUGACUCAAAAAUGAUUGAUAUUCAUGGGAGAAGAAUGCUUGAUUCCAGCACGAAACACGCUUCACUAGUGACUGGUGCGCUAUUCCGAGCGGAUGACAAGUUGAGCCCACAUCUUGAAGAAUUAAGGCAGACAACCAAAGAUCUUUGCAUGAGAGCUUACAAUCUGUGGAUAUCAUGGGUUGCUGGUGAACUUUCAAAUAUUUUUUCAAGAAAUCUAAAACGGGAUGAUGCCUUGUCAUCCACUGCUCCAGUCAGAGGUUGGGAGGAGACAGUGGUCAAGCAGCAAGAACAAUCAAGUGAUGGCCAGUCAGAGAUGAAGAUAUCUCUUCCUUCAAUGCCUUCUCUAUAUGUGACUUCAUGUUUAUUUUAUGCAUGUGAAGAGAUUCAUCGUGUUGGUGGGCAUGUACUUGAUGUAGCAAUUCUGCAGAACUAUGCCAAAACGCUUAUUGAUAAGGUUCUUGGGAUUUAUGAUGACUUCCUGUCAACUGAAGUUCUUAUGUCGCAAGUUUCAGAGAAAGGUGUUCUACAAAUGUUAUUCGAUUUGAAAUUUGCUUCUGAUAUCCUGUCUGGGGGUGAUUUCCAUGCAAAUAAGGAGGCAUCUGAAAUCACAAGCGUGAAAUCCCCUUAUAGGAGGAAGCAGAAAGCUCAGUCACAAAAUUCGUUAAUGGGACAACGCACUAAGGAAUUGGUGAAUCUCCUUUCACAGAGACUUGAUCCCAUAGAUUGGCUCACGUAUGAGCCAUAUCUUUGGGAGAACGAGAGACAGGCAUACCUUAGGCAUAGUGUCCUCUUUGGUUUCUUUGUGCAACUUAAUAGAAUACACACAGACACUGUACAGAAGCUCCCCACUAACUCCGAAUCAAACAUCAUGCGCUGUUCUGUAGUGCCUCGGUUCAAAUACCUUCCCAUCAGUGCUCCAGCCUUAUCCAUAAGGAAUGUAGCCAGAACAUCUGUGCCGACGUCCGUGGAUGAUGCUUACUCGAGAAAUUCCUGGAGAAGUUACAAAAGUGACGAGGUGUCUCGAAGUUCUGAUGUCGAUGAGGACUCAAGUUUAGGGGUGGCCGCACCCUUUUUGAAGUCCUUUAUGCAGGUCGGUAGCAGAUUUGGGGAGAGCACACUAAGGCUGGGGUCGAUAUUAACUGAUGGGCAAGUUGGAAGAUUUGGGGACAUAUUACCUGCUCAGGCAGCUGGACUUCUUUCAUCAUUAACUGCUGCUAGAACAGAUUCUUGA